AACCGGCACACAUUGCAAUGGCGGCUCUCAGUGCGCAACUUGUCCGGUGUGCGUCUUUAGCAAAAUGCUUCUUGCCACCUACUUCGUAUGCUAAUAUUCACGCUGCAAAACUGAGCUCGUUUGCUCGCGCGGGAUCGAAAUGGAAUUCUGGCAAACUGCGUUUCCUAGCUGUGGCUGGGCUUGCCUGCGGCGCUGUUGGUCACGCUUAUAUGCGAAGCGUGGAACCAAGAAAAGAUCCAAUCGGCGAUAUGUUGUCGCCUCUGCACACAAAAAAUAUAAGCAAUCCUGGGACAAAAAUUUCACGUGUCGUAAACGGGCCGUCGACAAAAACUGGUCUCAAGAUAACCAUGUAUCAAUACCAAACGUGCCCAUUCUGCUGCAAAGUCCGUGCCUUCUUAGAUUUCUAUGGAAUCCCGUACAACGUCAUCGAGGUGGACCCUGUGCUUCGUCAGCAACUGAAGUUUUCCGACUACAAGAAAGUACCGAUCUUGCUCGUAGAAGAAGCUGACAACUGCUGGCAAAUUAACGACUCCACAGUUAUCAUCAGUAUGCUGCAGAGCUACCUCCGUGACAUUAAGGGCGGCAUCAGAAAAUACCUCUGUCUGUAUGACCCAGUCAAGGUUAAGGAUGCUUCAGGAAAAGAGUCACUUGAAGUAUUCAACAAGUACUUUCUGAUGAUGGACAAUCCUCCUGCAAAAGGAAAAGCUUUUGAUGACUUGAAGGAGGAGAUGACUUGGCGCAUGUGGGCAGAUGAUGUUCUGGUUCACGUACUUUCUCCAAAUGUGUACCGCACAUGGCAAGAGGCGUUGCAGGCCUUCAACUAUUUCUCGGAAGUUGGCGAAUGGGAGAAAAACUUUCCUACCUGGGAGCGCUUGCUGGUUGUUUAUGUAGGCGCCGCUGCAAUGUACUUUGUGGCCAAGAGGCUCAAAAAAAGGCAUAACCUGAAAGACGACGUCAGGGAAAGCUUUCGGGAUGCUUGUCAUGAAUGGACAAUGGCACUAGGCAAGAAAGAGAAAUUCCAUGGAGGAAGCCUUCCAAACCUUGCUGACCUGGCUGUUUAUGGUGUGCUGAGCUCUGUGGAAGGCUGCACAGCAUUUGAAGACAUGUUAGCAGACACCAAUAUUGGUCCUUGGUACUACAGGAUGAAAGAAGCCACGUCAAGCCAUGCUGGGGCUCGUACUUUGAGUACUAUGGUGUGCUAGUUUUAGUAGAGUUACUUUCGGACUAUAUUUGUUUUGCUGCAUCUCAUUUACUUUGUCCUUGUACUGUUGUCAUGAAAAAUGGUAUUGUCUGUUAUUAAAUAGGUUAACGACCAUGCA